AUGGGCAUUGGUGUGAGUACAAGCAAAUCAAGAAUGGCAUUCCAAGAAUUGCCAGAGAUUCAACAAUUCAGACGUAAAUCAGUCCGAAAAGCACCCAACAACAAUCGGUUGUAUGAUGGAGAGAUUUACUACAACCCCAAUCCUCAACAACAUCAUCCACCAACGAGCAGCAACAACAGCAACAGCACCACCUCUACUUCCAACAACCACCCCACGUCAUCGUCGUCGUCGUACUCCUCCUCCUCUCAGAACAACAACAACAACAACAACAACAACACUACUACCAACUCUUCCAAACUCUCAACACCAAACUCUCCAACACACUCCAAUCGAAGAGGAAGUGUCUCUGUAGCACAACAACAAGAGAAAAUUGGUUAUGAAGUCAUCAAACUCGUUGGUCGAGGUACAUUCGGAGAGGUCUAUCAUGUCAAACAAACCAAUACUGGAAAAGACCUUGCUCUCAAGAUUUUGAUUAAACCAGAAAAGUUGAGAGAUUUAGAAAAGAUUCAAAACGAAAUUGAAAUUAUGAAGUCACUUGUUCAUCCCAAUGUAUUGCACUUGUUGGAUACUUUUGAAAUGAAAGAUGAAAAAAACACAGAUUGUAUUGUAAUAGUGUCAGAAUAUUGUGAAUUAGGUUCCAUUGCCGACUAUUUAGAAACAGUUGUGAACAAUGAAAAGAUUAAUUUCCCUGUUUGGACCAUUACUGGUUGGUUUGUUGACAUGAUUGAGUCCAUUAAAUUCUGUUCUGCACGUGGAGUGAUUCAUAGAGAUAUCAAACCAUCCAACAUGUUGAUUGAAGCUGUCGAUGGAAGAAUGGUCAUUCGAUUGGCAGAUUUUGGACUUUCAAAAGCUCUCAUGGCCAAACAAAUGGCAAACACAAUGUGUGGUUCUCCACUCUAUGCAGCACCAGAAAUUUACAACAGAACAGGUUAUACAAGUGCUGUCGAUGUCUAUUCUCUGGGUGUCACAAUUUUGGAACUUGCUUGUUCUUAUUCUCAUGAUGAAUUUAGUGAGAUUGUUGUUGAGGAACCACAUCGAGUGAUGGAGUUGUUCAAUAGUGUCAAAUUAGCAAGUAUGAAAGAGCUCAUCAUGAAGAUGAUUCAUCCUGAUCCCAAAAUAAGAAUUGGAGUGAAUGAUUUAUCUGAACAUCUUCUUGUAAGGGCCUACAGAUUCUUCUUACAAAUUAGAUCCAUCAAGGGACUCACUCACUCUAGGAUAAUUUAUGAGUUCUUGGAAUCGCUUGGAACAGGUUCAUCCGAUUCCUCUUAUAAACUCACUGUUGAAUCUAUUGAUGACUCCUCCGCAACCUCACCAACGAGUCCUGUCACACCAGUCACUGUCACUCCACAAAUCAAACAAAAUGUGUUGGCUCAUAAGGAACUUUCAACGAAAGAAUUUUUCAGUGUCAUGCUCGAAGCUGUUAGUAUUUACAAUGCAUAUCCCAAGAUGAAUGUUGUAUUUGAAACAAUCGUUGCAUUAACUGUCAUCAAACAUCAGCUCUAUAAGAACAAUCAUAUCAUUAUUGACAUGUUGAAUCAUGAUGAUUCUCAUCUUAAGGCCAUGUUUAAUGUUAAAGCAGCUCAUCAUGAGAAUUCUGAACUUGUAGAAUUAGUCACCGAAGUGUUUGCAGAAUUUAGCAAGCGAGGUGAUGUGAGUAGGACUCAAAUUCUUAAGGUACUUGGUGACCUAAGAAUGGAAGAUAAGAUUGGAGAUAAAGGAGAAGACAUCAAACAAUUUAUGAAAGAAUUAUUCAAGAGAGAUGUUGGCUUGAAGAAUUGUGCUCAACUUUUAAACAGUAGACGAAAGACUCAUACCGAUUCCAAGCUUCCAGAUUCCACAACAACAGCAGCUUCUGUUUCCAAUGCAACAACAGCAGCCAUCGAUCAAGAGACUAACUUGGCUCAUGUGUAA